UUGGUGUGCGCGCGCGUCGUUCCGGGGCCAGGAACCCGCCAUUGGCGCGGUCGGGUCCCUCGCGUCCGCCUGGCAGAGGGACUGACUGCGGGCGGGCGCGUGUCACAGCCCCUCUCCCCACCGCUAGCAGAGCUCCGUUAUGGCGGAGGCGGACGCGGACGGGGCGAGCGCGGCUGCGGUUGCCGGUUCGGGAGCCGACGGCAGUGGAGAGUCGCCUGCAGUCGAAGGAGGGGGAGCCGGAGCGUUGAGCGAAGAAAAGGAAGCGGCCGCGAAAGGAGCGGAGGCCGCGGGGGACAGUGAGGAGGACGGCGAGGAUGUGUUCGAGGUGGAGAAGAUCCUGGACAUGAAGACGGAGGGGGGUAAGAUCCUGUACAAAGUUCGAUGGAAAGGAUACACGUCGGACGAUGACACCUGGGAGCCCGAGGUUCACCUGGAGGACUGCAAAGAAGUGCUUCUAGAAUUCAGGAAGAAAGUUGCAGACAACAAAGCCAAGCCCGUCAAGAAAGACAUCCAGAGACUCACCUUAAAUAAUGACAUAUUUGAGGCAAACUCGGAUAGUGAUCAACAAAGCGAGACCCAAGAAGACACUUCUCCGAAGAAGAAAAAGAAAAAACUACGGCCCAGAGAAGAGAAGAGCCCAGAGGAUCUGAAAAAGAAAAAGGCAAAGUCUGGGAAAGCCAAAGAUAAACCCAAAACAGACCUGGAGAGCUCCUCUGAAAGCUCGGUUUUUGAUUUAAGGACAAAGAAAAGAAUUUUGGAGGCCAGAGAAGAAUUAAAGGAAUCCAAAAAGCCCAAGAAAGAUGACAUAAGAGAAAGUAAGGAGUUAAGGAAAGGUAAGAAGGGCGAAGUAAGAGAUUUAAAGGCUAACAUAAGAGAAGACUCCAAAGAAGAGAGAAAGGCAAAGAAAGAGAAGUGUGUGGCCCCGCCGCUGGGACCUGAGUCGACCGCGCUGGGCGGGUCCCCGUUUCAGGAGGCGGACAGUGAAGACUCCCAGCCUGAGCACAGGGAAGAGAAACAGACGAAAGGGGCGAAGGAUAAAGCCGCGCCAGAUGCCCUGCCCGAGGCCGGAUUCGAGCAACAGCAGGACGGCGCUCUCAGUGCUGACGAGGAGGAUGCCAGAGCCAAGAGGAAGAAGAAGAAACCGAGAAAGACAGAGGAACCUAAAGAGAGCAGGACGCCGGAGAACAAGAGCCCCCUCUCGGAGAAGAAACCGGUGCAGAAGAAGCAGAGGAAUCAAGACAGGGGCAGAAGUGGCGCCGAGGCGGAGAAGCUGGCGCCCGCGUCGCCCCCCGCGCAGAGCGGCUCCCGACCGGGUGCGGAUUCCCCGGAGGAGGAGAAAGAGACCCAAAAAAAUGAACCCAAAGAAAAAUACCAGAAAAGGCAGGAUUUGGACAAGGACGAAAAAGGCCGAAGAGAGCCCAAGGCCUUGAAGCCAUUUAAGGAAAUCAGAAAUGCAUUUGAUUUAUUUAAAUUAACUCCCGAAGAAAAAAAUGAUUCUCCUGAGAAUAGUCGGAAAAGAGAAGAAAUACCACCGGAUUGUCAAGUCACCGAGGAUCAGAAGAGCAAGGAGAACAAGCAGGCCCUUAAAGGAAGGAGAGGCGCUCGAGAUGAGGCCGACACGUGGGCCUUCAUAGCUGCAGAAGGCGAUCAGGAGGCUCUGGACAGCGUGUGCCCGGCGGACGAGAACCCUGAUGGCAGACAACAGAUUUUGAGUUUGGGCAUGGAUUUGCAAUUGGAAUGGAUGAAAUUAGAGGAUUUUCAAAAGCAUCUUGAUGGGGAAGAUGAGACUUUCACUCCUACGGCAGAUGCGAUUCCAAGUAAUUUAUUGAGGGAUGCUGUGAAAAAUGGGGAUUAUAUUACUGUGAAGGUUGCGCUUAAUUCAAGUGAAGAGUACAACCUGGAUCAGGAGGACGCGAGCGGGAUGACGCUGGUGAUGCUCGCCGCGGCCGGGGGGCAGGACGACCUGCUGCGGCUGCUGCUCCGAAAGGGAGCCAAGGUGAACGGCCGGCAGAAGAACGGGACCACGGCGCUCAUCCACGCCGCCGAGAAGAACUUUUUAACCACAGUGGCUAUUCUCUUGGAAGCGGGAGCGUUUGUAAAUGUCCAGCAGAGCAACGGCGAGACGGCUCUCAUGAAGGCCUGCAAGCGGGGGAACUCGGACAUCGUGCGGCUUGUGAUAGAGCGCGGGGCGGACUGCAACGUCCUGUCAAAGCACCAGAACAGCGCGCUGCACUUCGCGAAGCAGAGCAACAACGUGCUGGUCUACGACCUGCUCCGGAGUCACCUGGAGACACUUUCGAGAGUGGCGGAAGAAACCAUCAAGGACUAUUUUGAAGCUCGUCUGGCUCUCCUAGAGCCGGUUUUCCCAAUAGCAUGUCACCGCCUCUGUGAGGGGCCGGAUUUCUCAACAGACUUCCAUUACAGACCCCCACAGAACAUACCGGAAGGCUCCGGCAUCCUGCUGUUCAUUUUCCACGCAAACUUUUUGGGUAAAGAGGUUAUUGCUCGCCUCUGUGGACCAUGCAGUGUGCAAGCUGUCGUUUUAAAUGACAAAUUUCAACUUCCUGUUUUUCUGGACAGUCACUUCGUGUACUCCUUCAGCCCUGCCGCGGGCCUCAAUAAACUCUUCAUAAGGUUGACAGAAGCGCCCUCCGCUAAGGUGAAGUUACUCAUAGGUGCAUACCGCGUGCAGCUGCAAUGACCAAAACAGAGUUGGGAAAGUUAUUUUCGAACCUGUUUCUAACCACUCUUCGAAGCAGUUUAGAAUUCUGGCACAGCUCACACUUUCCAAGUGUCAGGUUUCUAAUUUCUGUGCAAGGUGGGACCCAGUGGGUCUAAGCUGCUCCACACACAAGCAGUGUCCUGAAACCUCCGUGCUGCGUCCAGACUGUAUGUUCAUGUAUUUCCACAAUGUGGAGUGGUACAUACAAGGAUUAUUUAACAAAAUUAAAACUUUUCUAACUUCAAAGUUUUUUAUAAGCCCUAUUGAAUUACUGAAUUUUUAUAUUUAAAAAAGAAAAAAAAAAUCCAGUGUGGGAGUUGCCACUGUGGCUUUGCAGAAGCAAACCCAACUAGUGGCCAUGGGGCAUGCAGUUUUGAUCCCUGGCCCUGCUCAGUGUGUUAAGGAUUCGGUGUGGCUGUGGCUGUGACCUAGGCCAGCAGCUGUAGCCCCGAUCAGACCCCCUAGCCUGGCAGCUGCCAUGUGCCUCUGGUGUGCCCCGCCCACCCCACCCAGUGGGUGCAUCCCAUUAAAGCUACCUGGGCCCCAAGUCAGGGUGUGGCCUGGCUGCCCUGAAGGACUAAACUAAGGUGGGGUGGGUUUGAGGGAGGAGGUUUGACCUAUUCCCAGGUUGGAGGUGACAGCUCUGAAUCUGCAGUUGUCCUUUACCAUCUGAAAACAGUAUCCAGCAGAAUCUAACCUGGAGCAGAAGAAACGCCAGGGCAGGACAGGACAUGGAGGAAGUAAGGUAUGAACUGGACCGGAUCUGUGUGCUUGCUCUGAACACGGGAAGGCCAGCCACACGUGUGUCCUGGGGAGAGCUCCCCCAGGUCGAAGGCUUAGCUCAUAACCAAGCUGUCUGCAGUGGGGAAGCGCGUGAAGCUGCUGAGCUGCGGGCUGGCCUCGUAAAUGCUGGCGUUUCCACAUACGGCCGGCCCGCGGUACCCGCAGGCACUGGUUCCAGGAGCCUCCCAGAAACCAACAGCCACGACAAUCAGGGCCCUGGCCGUUUGCAUCUCGCCCCUGCUCGGGCCCCACAGAAUUUCAGCAUCUCUAAUACACAGUAAAGGUUAUGUAAAUAGUUGUAAAUUCUAUGUAAGUGCUGGUGUGCAGCAAAUUCAAGCUUCCAGUUUUGAAACUUUGUGGAGUUUUUUACCCCCUAGGUAUUUUCAGUCCAUGGCUUGUUUAAAAUGUGCAUAAUGAGGGCUGAUGACAUAUUUUAUAGACAUUUCUGAGACCCACCUCUGCUUCACAUGAUGAGACUGCCUUUUCCUACAGUUUUCUAAAUAAAACACCACAACGUGGGUCUGUCUGCUU